CAGUGUUGCGCGAGGGGAAGGCGGGACGUCCAGGGUCAUCUUUUAAGCAUGCAGCUGAACUUGGUUUUUUCAAUUUGAGAGUAUCUUUUAACAGGUCCCCAAGUGGAGCGGGAGGCCUGAUGGGGGAGCCGAGCGGCAGCGGCGGCGGGGGUGGUAAUGACAGAGCUGGUGCAGGGGCAGAGCGCUCCGGUGGGGAUGAAGGCUGAGGGCUUCGUGGAUGCUCUGCACCGGGUCCGGCAGAUUGCUGCUAAAAUUGAUUCAAUUCCUCACUUGAAUAAUUCCACACCUCUAGUGGACCCCUCAGUGUAUGGCUAUGGAGUACAAAAACAGCCCUUGGAUGAUGGAGUAGGUAACCAUUUAGGGGCCUUCUUACAUCAAAGGGCAGUAAUAACAGAAGAAUUCAAAGUGCCUGAUAAAAUGGUUGGAUUUAUUAUCGGUUGGGGAGGUGAGCAGAUUUCACGGAUUCAAGCAGAAUCUGGUUGCAAAAUUCAGAUUGCCUCAGAGAGUUCUGGGAUUCCAGAGAGGCCCUGUGUACUUACCGGAACCCCAGAAAGUAUUGAACAAGCCAAACGGCUCCUGGGACAGAUUGUGGACCACUGUCGGAAUGGACCUGGCUUUCAUAAUGACAUAGAUGGCAACAGCACGAUCCAGGAGAUUCUCAUCCCUGCGUCUAAAGUGGGGCUGGUCAUCGGCAAGGGAGGGGAGACAAUAAAGCAGUUGCAGGAGCGGACAGGUGUGAAGAUGGUCAUGAUCCAGGACGGCCCAUUGCCCACGGGAGCAGACAAGCCUCUUCGCAUCACCAGAGACCCAUUUAAAGUACAGCAAGCAAGAGAAAUGGUAUUAGAGAUCAUCCGAGAAAAAGACCAAGGUAAUUUUCGAGGUGUACGUGGUGAUUUCAGCUCCCGAAUGGGAGGAGGCAGUAUAGAGGUGUCUGUCCCUAGGUUUGCAGUUGGGAUUGUAAUAGGAAGAAAUGGGGAAAUGAUCAAAAAGAUCCAGAAUGAUGCCGGUGUGAGAAUUCAGUUCAAACCAGAUGAUGGUAUUAGUCCAGAGAGAGCUGCACAGGUCAUGGGACCCCCAGAGCGAUGCCAGCAUGCAGCACAUGUCAUCAACGAGCUUAUUCUUACAGCUCAGGAAAGAGAUGGCUUUGGAGGCCUGGCGGUAGCCGGAGGAAGAGGCCAUGGUCGUGGUGACUGGAGCGUGGGAACCCCUGGUGGCAUCCAGGAGAUAACCUACACAGUGCCGGCAGAUAAGUGCGGCCUCGUCAUAGGCAAAGGGGGUGAGGACAUCAAAAGCAUAAACCAGCAGUCAGGAGCACACGUGGAGCUUCAGCGGAACCACCCUCCCAACACGGACCCCAACCUGCGAAUAUUCACCAUCACGGGAGUUCCUCAACAGAUUGAGCUGGCCAGACAUCUCAUAGAUGAGAAAGUUGGCGGUGCCAGUCUCGGAGCGCCCGGAGAUUAUGCACAGGGCCCCUUCAGCCAGUCACCUGCCGCGCCGCAUCAGAACACCUUUCCUCCAAGGAGCUCAGGGUGCUUCCCAAACAUGGCCGCUAAAGUGAACGGAAGCCCUCACAGCACGCCUGUGAGUGGUCCUCCGGCCUUCCUGACCCAGGGCUGGGGCAGCACCUACCAGGCGUGGCAGCAGCCCACACAGCAGGUUCCAAGCCAGCAGAGCCAGCCGCAGAGCAGCCAGCCCGACUACAGCAAGGCCUGGGAAGACUAUUACAAAAAACAGAGUCACGCUGCCAGCGCCGCUCCUCAGGCCAGCUGCCCGCCGGACUACACAAUGGCCGGGGCGGAGUAUUACAGACAGCAGGUCGCAUUCUACGGACAAACAUUAGGGCAAGCUCAGGCCCACAGCCAGGAGCAGUAGGACAGUGGCCUGCAGCUCCCUUUCCCCGCCCCCUCCCAAACCAUUGUGAGCAAAACCUAUUUGUAACAGAGGUUUUUAGAUGUGCAAACCUUUUGAUGAAGAGCCUUUGUUUUGUUCUGUGAAACACUAGAUUAACAGAAUUUUUCUAAAUAUCGGGAAAAUCAGUUACUAAAAAUUGCUGAUAAUUUUUGUUUUGUUAUUUUUGUUUGUUACUUCAAAUCUGUAAGCUCUGGGAUUCUUUUUGGAGCAAUACCUGCAAAUUCGGGCACCAGAAUGUGCCGCAGAGCAGUGACAUUUCAACAUGGUGUGUUUUUGUUUUGUUUUGUUUGCAUGUCUUUUUAUUUACAGUUUUUUCUGUUGCAACAGAAAGUGGCUUGGAAGUCUUAGGUGGCUUGUAACAAAUUCUUUUAAAAAAUUUUUAAACAGUAUUUAAAUAUUCUUAAAUGUGUAAAUUCAUUAAAUGUUUUACUUCUAAUUUCUUGUGUCUUGGCUGUCUGGUUUCAUUGCAUUUUUUAAAAAACUGAACUAUUAUGUAUUAUAAUUAAUUAUGUGAAUUCUGAAUUGAGACAGAUAAUUGUAUUGCUGUCCAACAGGGUUCGGGAGGGGGCAUUUUAUAGGGUUUGUAUAAUUUCUAGAGUUCUAAAGGGGUAAUAAUAUAAAAAUGUGUUUGUGUGUUUAGCAGACGUUUUAUCAUGUCUCCAUUACCUACCGAUUGCAAUUGUGUAUCUAAGACCUCCAAGCUUGUUUUAAAAACAAAACAAAAAAACCUUUCUCUAUUCUCUCAGAAAUAUAAAUAGUUAUUUUUAAUAUUAAAAAUAAAUUCAAUAUAACUUUUAAGAAACACUAUGGAACAUUAAAUCACAUAAAAAUGUAACUUUUUAAAUUCCAAGGUGUGUUUUGCUUUUUUCUUUUAAAUAUUUUCUUAAUAUUUGUCAAAUUAACUAGAUGAAUAAAUAAAUCUAGCAUUAACCACAAUAUGAAUUAAAUAAUUUUGAUUUAAUAAAAGGGAUAAUAUGAUCUCCAGUGUUUACUGUAGUGUAUCUUGUACAGAUAACAUGUAUUUUUAAAAGAAAAAUGGAAUUGAAGCUAUUUUUUCUUGCAUUUUUCAGUUGACCUGGGGGACAUUCUGUUUGAGAUACACUGAAGUUACUGAAGUGUCUGGGGUUUUUCUCCUUAUUUUCCUUAUAAUGCUUGAAAUAUCUAACUAUUAAAAAAGGCAAUAUUAUCCAUAUAAUAAACUGUAUGCAGUACAUUAAAAAAAAAAAAAAGGCAAUUGGAAAAGGUUAUGCAUGUUGUUUUUUUAAAAAAACUGUUGUUUUUAUUGGACUGAAAAUUCAUUUUACACUCUACAUAAUAAAAUUUCCACAAGACAUCUUGUGCGCAAAGUAAAAAAAAAAAAAAAGGAGACCAA